UUGUAAUGAACAAACUCAGACCCUUUCUGCUCACAGAAGAGAAGGUUCAGAUCUGCAGAGAUCUCUUGAUGCCCUUCAUUGAACUAGUUCAACAUCUAAAGUAAGAACUCCUAAGUACCGCUUUUCUCCUGAUCUGACUGGAAGGUUUCAGAGAACCCUUCAAAAGAGACGAAGAAGCACAUCAAGAAAAUAACAAAAGGUGACAGGCAGAACCAAACAGGAGUUGUCGGUGACAGAGAACAGAAGAGUAAAAACAAAAACCCGAGAAAUAGAGACAAAGGACAGACCCAGAGGCAGAUUGAAAGAGGUAGAGUGGGAAGAGACUGGAUUCAACAUACAAGGAGUGUGCUCUUUAUUCUAAUCAGUGAAUAGGUGAGGAUGAACAGAAUCUAACAAGAGGAAAAGUCACCAAGAAGCUUGAGCCAGCAAGAGGCCACAGAAGCACCCCUUCAAGAUGCAUAGCCUUGUCAUGAUCUGCUUUGUUUUAGGGUGUUUCUUACAGUUCCCCCAAGUGAGGGGCGAGGAAGGGUGUCUUAAUCCCGAAUUCUGUUCAGGUACAGAGUGGGUCCGUCUGUGGUAUAUCUGGCUGGUGGUUGUGAUUGGUGGACUGCUUCUCCUGUGUGGCCUGGUUUCUGUCUGCAUGAGAUGCUGUUUUCAUUGCCAUCAAGGAGGGGACGAAUCAGGUCCUCAGCCCUACGAGGUCACCGUCAUUGCUUUUGAUCAUGACAGCACCCUCCAGAAUACCAUUACCUCUCUCCAUUCGGUGUUUGGACCUGCUGCCAGGAGAAUACUAGCAGUGGCACACUCCCAUAACACUCUGCAGGGAACAUCACCCCUCUCGGCAUCCGACACCCCUCCAGUCUACGAGGAAGCUCUACGCAUGAGCAGGUUCACAGUUGCCAAGGCCGGACAGAAAGUGACAGAUGUGGAUCCAGUGCCCAAAGCAAAACUGCAAACAUCUGCUGAGGUCAAGGAUGCCCUGCCAGCCCUCCCAGGACGCUAGUGCUUGUUUUUAGUGAAUGACAGUAAAAUAGAGAAUAAUUUCAUUCAGAGGCUAGUUCUUCUGGGCAGGACUAGGAUUACCAGAUUAAACUCCUUAGUCUAAUGACAAAGGCAAAAAAAAAAAAAAAAAAAAGAUACUAAAGUUCCAAACAGUUCAAGAUCUAGCAUAUUUUGAUGGUUCCUUUCGAUACCUCCUUGAGAUAAUCACCCAUUGGCAUUCCCCAGGUCCAUUUAUUACACACAGAUGUCAUUAGAAUCGCAUUUUGCAUGUACAAUCAAAGAGGUAGCAGGAUCAAGGUGCUGAGAUACUUUGCACACUGGUGCUGGAGACCUACAGGGAGAUGGCAGAUGCUACCUCAUUGUACUUGCCUCCAGCCUAAGGUUCCUGGAGAUGGCAGAGCUUUUCAUACCAGGAAAAACAAAAAUGUGAAAAGGACUUACUAUGCAGUAAUAAAACCAAACUAUAGAAAAGUACCAACAAUUCACAGCAUUUUUAUUUUUUUUAAUAAAAAAGACCUGUGUACGAAUACAAUAUGCAUGUAAGCAAAUGAUAGGAUACACUAGUAGCAUGUGCAGUGCAGUUCCCUAAAUGAUUUAUACAGUGCGCACUGUCUGGUCCUGAAUAGGAUGUAUAGCAAUUCUGAAAUAGCAGUCACAAGCUCUGGCAUUUGAAUUAAACCUAUGAUAACAUAAACCUGUGAUAACAUAUCAAACAAUGGGAGGAGCAGGAACAGGAACACUACUGCUGAAAUAAAAUUCAAUCAUAAUUCAUUUAC